AUGAGUCGUCAUCCUGAGGUGAAGUGGGCCCAGCGGGAAGACAAGCUUGAUCUUUUUGAUAAGGUUAAUGUAGAGGACAGCAAAAUACAUAUUGGUGUGAGAAGUAUAUUCUGUAUCUUGGAGAAAGCAGAGAAGAAAUGGUGGAAAAAAUUACUGCGUGGAGAGGACAAGACACCACACUACGUGAAAGUAGAUUGGGAUAAAUGGGUGGAUGAAGACGAGGAUACUGGUGCUCCUGACCCUGAUUUAGGAGGCAUGGAUUUAUCGAGAUUUGGUGACAUGGGAGGCAUGGGCGGCAUGGGUGGCAUGGGCGGCAUGAUGGGGGCAUGGGUGGCAUGGGCAUGA